UAUCCAAAAUCCUACUUAACUUUAUUCAUCAAUCAAACAUAGCAGCUGAAUUUUGUUUCUUUCUUCAAAACUGAUUUUGUUUCUUUCCUCCAACACUGGAUUUUCUUUAUUAUUACUGUUCAUCUUCUUAUUUUAGCAUCAGUAUGCUGCAAAUUGUAUUGUUUUUAUUAGCUGUUUUUCUAUUAAGUAGUGAGUAUGUGAAUGGCGCAUCUACUGUGAAAAUGGGAAACAUAUCAAAAAUAGAAGAUGCACUGAACUUUCAUCUUUAUUAUGGACAAUCCUUCAAAGUUAUAAAGAAUGUUAUUGAUGCUAAGAGCUAUCUUCUCAUCCAGAAUAACUCAAGGAUGGCAACAAGGACAAAAUAUUGCACCUCAAGGAUUAAGUCUUUUGUCAUUCCUCUCUCCAACUAUUCAGCUGAUACCUACUUCUUUCCAGUAUCCUUUUUCGAGCUACUAGGCAUACUGGGGAGUAUGAAGGGGAUCACAUCAAACUCAGUGGCAUCAGAAUGUGCCUUAAAGCUGUAUGAAACAGGAGAAACUGUGAUGUUUAAUAGAACUGAACCUCAGCUAUUUACUCAAUUUGCUGCCCAUUUCGUUAGUGACACUGAUCAGCCUCAGUCUUGUAAUUUUGCCAAUUUUGUUCCUUUUGGUGAAGAUACUCCUCUUCAGAGAGCGGAGUGGAUCAAAUUCUUAGGUGUUUUUAUGAAUCUGGAGUUCAGAGCCAACCAAGUCUACAAUGCAGUCAAACAAAAUUACUUAUGCCUAACUAAGGUUGCAGCAAAUAUUACAAGGUCCUUCAAACCAAUUGUAGCUUGGAUGACAUACUCCGACAGUGUAUGGUCUUUUACAAAUGAAGUAUACAAGUUGAAGUAUGUGGAAGAUGCAGGUGGAGAAAAUAUUGAUAAUUCCAUCAGCAAAAUGACUUAUAACACUUCAAAUCCUGAUGACUUGGAGGACUUACAUGCUAUUUUAUGUACUGUAGAUGUAGUAAUUGAUGAAACAGUGACCGUUGAUCCUGCCAACUACAAUCAAUCAACCUUCCUUCAAAAUAUAAAUGUAGAAGAUCAAUCCUGUUUUGCAUUUCUUUCAAAUCAAAGUUUAUGGAGAUUUGAUAAAAGAGUCCAAAACUUAACUGCUCUUGACUGGUUUGAUGGAGCAGUCUCUCAACCCCAAUUGGUUCUAGCAGAUUUUGUAGAACUUUUAUUCCCUACUGCAAAUUAUACUACAACAUACUUUAGGAACAUUGCUAAGGGAGAAGGCAUGAUAAGCAUUGGUGCUAGUAUGUGUGCUAGGGAUAUUUCGACUCCAUUGGAGCCCACAAUACUACCUUGUCAAUGAUGAUAUAAUCUCCCCUCGAUUCGACUUGAACUCGGGAUCUAGCAACGAUUUUCUUACGACAAUUUUAUCUUUAAUUUUAGGAAUAAUAACUAACAUUCUGAAAUUAGAUCAAAAUUAAUAUUUAUGUUUUGAUGUCCGUGUUGAUUACAAUAGGUAAUCAGUUAUCAAGUAAAGAAUACGAUCUAACAUUGUAUUAA